AUGGCAGCUCCGAACGACAAGCAAGAUAUCCCCAAGGAUGGCACAGGCGUCAUCCAGCUAGACCCAUGGCUAGCCCCAUUCGGCGAUGCGCUGAAGAGGCGAUACUCUAAAGCUCAGGAUUGGAUCAAGGUUAUCAACGAAACUGAAGGUGGCUUUGACAAGUUCUCCAAGGGCAUUGACAUCUUCGGCUUCAAUGUAGAUGAGAAGAACAACGUUAUAUAUCGCGAGUGGGCGCCAAACGCCGAACAGGCGUAUCUCGUGGGAGACUUCAACGGUUGGAACUUCACGUCUCACCCAAUGAAGAAGAAUGCAUAUGGCGUGUUCGAGAUCACAGUUCCAGCCAAGGGGGGUGAGAAGGCGAUACCCCAUAAUUCCAAAGUCAAGAUCUCUCUUGUUCUCCCUGGAGGUCACAGAAUCGAUCGUUUGCCAGCCUGGAUUAAAUAUGUCACUCAAGAUCUCUCUGUUUCGCCGGUAUAUGACGCUCGAUUUUGGAGCCCAGCGCCGUCGGAAAAAUACAAAUUUCAGCACUCACGACCACAAAAACCAGAGAGCAUCAGAAUAUAUGAAGCCCAUGUCGGAAUCUCAUCUCCAGAGCAGCGCGUCACCACGUAUGAAGAGUUCACGGAAAAUGUACUUCCCAGAAUCAAAGACCUUGGUUACAACGCCAUCCAGCUGAUGGCUAUCAUGGAACAUGCCUAUUAUGCUAGCUUUGGUUACCAGGUCAACAGCUUUUUCGCAGCCAGCAGCCGAUAUGGAACUCCCGAGGGAUUGAAGAAGCUUGUUGAUACCGCUCAUAAGAUGGGAAUUGUCGUCCUCCUGGAUGUAGUCCACAGCCACGCGUCAAAGAACGUACUUGAUGGCCUCAAUCAAUUUGAUGGAACGGACCACCAAUACUUUCACAGUGGCGGAAAAGGUAACCACGAUCUUUGGGACAGCAGACUCUUCAACUAUGGUCACCACGAAGUCAUGCGAUUUUUACUAAGCAACCUCCGAUUCUGGAUGGAUGAGUACCACUUCGAUGGCUUCCGCUUUGACGGUGUCACUAGUAUGCUCUACCUCCACCAUGGAAUUGGAACCGGUUUCUCCGGUGGUUACCAUGAAUACUUCGGCCCCGAUGUUGAUGAGGAAGCUGUUGUGUAUUUGAUGGUUGCUAACGAGAUGCUGCAUUCGCUCUAUCCCGAGUGUGUCACUGUUGCCGAAGACGUGUCAGGAAUGCCAGCUCUCUGCCUCCCGCUUUCACUUGGUGGAAUAGGAUUCGAUUAUCGCCUUGCUAUGGCCAUUCCUGAUAUGUGGAUCAAGAUUCUAAAGGAGAAAACAGAUGAGCAAUGGGAUCUUGCCAACAUCUGUUUCACUUUGACCAACAGACGCCAUGGUGAAAAAACCAUUGCCUAUUGCGAAAGCCAUGAUCAAGCACUUGUCGGAGAUAAAACACUGAUGAUGCACUUGUGCGAUGCAGAAAUGUACACCCACAUGUCAACCUUGUCACCAUUGACACCAGUGAUUGAUCGUGGAAUUGCACUGCACAAGAUGAUUCGACUUCUUACUCAUGGUCUGGGUGGAGAGGGAUACCUCAACUUUGAGGGCAAUGAAUUUGGCCAUCCUGAAUGGCUAGAUUUCCCUCGGGCAGGAAACAACAAUUCCUUUUGGUAUGCCCGUCGACAGUUCAACCUCACAGAAGAUAACCUGCUUCGAUACAAAUUCCUGAACACCUUCGACAAGUUGAUGAAUGAGUGUGAAGCACAAUAUGGCUGGCUGCACGCGCCCCAGGCUUAUAUCUCCUUGAAGCACGAAGGAGACAAGGUAAUUGUGUUUGAGAGGGCAGGACUUGUUUUCAUCUUCAACUUCCACACAGACCGAAGCUUCAGCGACUACCGUAUCGGAGUCGAAGUGCCUGGAACGUACAAAAUAGUACUGAACAGCGACGCGGAAAGAGUUGGUGGCCAUAACAGGAUUGACGAAGAAACACGUUUCUUCACGACCCCCAUGGAAUGGAAUGGAAGGAAAAACUGGACGCAUAUUUAUAUUCCUUGCCGAACUGCUUUGAUUCUGGCGCGGGAGAGUUCAGCAACUCAGUAG